UCAUUGUAGUUCAGGUGAACUAGUCUACCGGAAGUGGGUGGGAGUCGACGUCAUUUGCAGUAUCUUCAAGCUCAACGCAGGCAGCUGCAGGAGUUCGUAGUGUGGGGUUCUUCCUGUGUUUGUUCUUCUGAGCUUUGCAUACAGAAGUAUGUAUUAUUAUUGAUCGACAUUACAAGAUAGCACAAUGAACCCCAACAGGCUGUUUCACAGAGAGGAGAUCAACAAAACGGUUUGGCAAGUCCCCGUGAAAUACGUGAACUUGAAGCCAAUAGGAUCCGGAGCUUACGGCUCUGUCUGUUCAGCCAUCAAUGUCAAAACGGGAGAAAAAGUGGCCAUCAAGAAGCUGCAUCGGCCGUUCCAGUCAGAGAUCUUCUCCAAGAGAGCUUGCCGGGAGCUCAGGCUGCUGAAGCACAUGAAGCACGAGAAUGUAAUCGGGCUUCUGGACGUGUUCACUCCUGCUGCCACGCUAGAGGACUUCCAGGACUUCUACCUGGUCAUGCCUUACAUGGACAUGGACCUGUCUAAGGUCAAGGGCGUGCUCUCCGAGGACAAGAUCCAGUUCCUGGUUUAUCAGAUUCUGAAGGGACUCAAGUAUAUUCAUUCAGCAGGAAUUAUUCACCGGGACCUGAAGCCUGGAAACCUGGCCGUUAAUGAAGACUGUGAACUAAAGAUCCUGGAUUUCGGUCUGGCAAGGCACGCGGACCCUGAAAUGACUGGCUAUGUGGUGACACGUUGGUACCGAGCUCCAGAGGUCAUUCUCAACUGGAUGCACUACACCCAGACUGUGGAUAUUUGGUCUGUCGGUUGUAUAAUGGCUGAAAUGUUAAUUGGCCGCACCCUCUUCAAAGGAAAGGACUACAUGGAUCAGCUGACUGAGAUCGUGAAGGUAACGGGUGUCCCAGGACCAGAGUUUAUUCAAAAGCUGGAGAGCGUCGAGGCAAAGAGUUACAUCAGAUCUCUGCCACAUUUCCCAAGAAAAGACUUCUCCCUACUCUUCCCUAGAGCCAGCCCCUCUGCGGUGAACCUGCUGGAGAGGAUGCUGGUCCUGGAUGCAGAGCAGCGCAUAACGGCAGCAGAGGGGCUGGCUCACCCGUACUUCGAGCAGUACCGAGACCCAGAGGAGGAGACGGAGACCGACCCGUACGACGACACACAUGACAAAGCAAAGCUGACUGUCAACGAGUGGAAGAGGCUCUGCUUCCAUGAGGUGACGAGCUUCAUCCAGUUCCCGCGCAGAGAGUCCAAGCGGAGGAACACUCUGGUGCUGAAGUGACUCGGCCCGCAAAAGGAGCGACCUGCCUCCGACAUUCCUGAAGAUCUGCACAACGAGAAACUAAACCCAGAGAAACAAACAACCACAGAAACCUGUUACUGACCCCAGAGCCAGUCCAUGAGGAACUUUACAUGGCUUCAUUUCAUUUAGAGUUUCCACUUUGGGAUAGACAGUACACCUGCUGCAACACUAAAUGCAGCGCGGCAUCUUAAGAAUGAAAACCCCAGUGAAACUGACACAGUGUUGCUUCCAAGGCACCGUGUGAAAUGUACAUUUUGGUUUGUUCUUGAGUGAUCAGUCCUGUGAUCUAACUGGAAUAAAUACAAUUUCAAGACCAAAACUACGGUCUACUACAAAACCAAAGAACAUUUCUUUAAACUUCUGCUCUUGUUGAUGAACUAGCCUUGCAAGGAAUACAUUUAGAUUUACCUGAAAAAUGCACCAGUUUUGCCAUUAUCCUCCAGAUAGCUCUUGGCGCGGUCUGGCCAAUUCUGAAAACAUCCCCUACAGCUGGAAAAGGAUUCGAUACUUGUCCUCUCGUUGCGCACACUCAGUGUCAUCAUGGAUGUCAAAUAUUCAGCAGUAAGGAGUUUUUAAUAUGUAUCCACCAUCUCUCCCUCUCUGCUGUGCUCGCUGGUGCUCCGAUGUGUGCACGGAGAACAAUUUGUUGUAAGAGUCUCCAAUAUAUUCUUUUUUUUAAAAAUCAGAUAUCUCCUCAAAUUAAUUUGAUAAAGAAUAACUUGUUAAAGCAACUACAUAUUUAAAUAAUGCAUAAUAUACCUUUCUGUGUUAGGGGAGGAUAGGUGAAAUGGUAGUCGUAUCAGCCCAGAGGCGAUCGACAGAGAGAAGGAGAGGUGAUGCAUUUAUUGGACAAACCUCAGGUCUCCUCUUCAGGUGAAAGCAGAAAAGAAGAGACCUUUGAGGUCUUCAACGCUUGUGACUUAGUCCAAUAAAAGGGAUCCCCUCUCCUUCUCUUCGUAUUGUGAUGUAUUUCUGUGCUUUGUAAAGCUUUUUCAGUUUAUGUAUUUUGGCCAAAAUUGACCCUUGUGCCAUAUGUCAUAUUUUGUCAAGCACACAACAGAAUUACCUACCAGGUCUGUGCAAUAACAGCACAGUGUUCCACUUCAUUACCACACCAGAGGGUAUGGCCCACGACCACCACCACCCUAUAGCAGUUGAGUGAACCAGGUUCAUUAUAACUUUUUAUACUUCUCAUAAAAUGAAGGUUUUAUUUUCCAGAAAUGUUCUCUUAACAUUGACUGUAAGGCAACAGAUUGCCGAAUGACUGCAAAUGAUUUGGAGUCUAACCUUAUGAAUGUGUCUGCUCCAUGCAACGCUUCAGAAUUAACACAAGAUCAUGGCUGUGUUGAGGGAUUUGAAAAAGGGAAAAUAGACGAAAUUGAGAAAAUGAGCAGGUACUGGGGGACUGAGAAAACAAGCAGGGACUGAUAGAAAACGAGCAGGGACUGGGGGACUGAGAAAACAAGCAGGGACUGGGGGACUGAUAGAAAACGAGCAGGGACUGGGGGACUGAUAGAAAACGAGCGGGGACUGAUAGAAAAUGAGCAGGGACUGGGGGACUGAGAAAACGAGCAGGGACUGAAAAAACAAGCAGGGACUGGGGGACUGAGAAAACGAGCAGGGACUGAGAAAACGAGCAGGGACUGAGAAAACGAGCAGGGACUGUGAGAAAACGAGGCUGGGCGGGCAAGAUUCUAUUACUCGAGACAGAUAUCGAGUACUGAGCACAGAUAACUGAUGGGUGAAAUCAAGGGUGCUGCUUGUGGGUGACUCAGUAUUACUUCUGUAGUAAAGAUCCUCUACACAGGGUUGCUACUUGCCUCCCUGGAGCCAAAGUCAGGGACAUUUGAGUCGAGAAAUAAAAUACUUGACAUCAGAGAGAAGAUUUUACAGAAUCCAUCUAUUAUGGACCAUUCUUCCUUACCUGAACCAACUAGACCUGAUAGAGUGACGCUGGAGGCUUUUUUCUCUGAUUACCAUACAAGACCUGACCGCAUUAGUUCUGCAUAUGAGACCUGCAUGUUCCCUUGAUCCUAUCCUGACCAAAUUAUUAAAAGAUGUUUUCUGUGUUUAUUAAUACACGUAUUUUAACAAUUCUGACUGAAUCACUUUCCUGUGGUAUAUUCCCUCUGCAUUUAAGGUUCCGGUGGUAAAGCCCUUGCUCAAAAGAAACAACCUGGACCCUAAAUCCUUUAUUAACUAUAGGCCCAUAUCCAAUCUGCCAUUUUUAUCAACGCUUCCAGAGAGAGUUGGUGCCAACCAAUUACACACGUUUCUAGCUUGUAAUACUGUAUUUGAGAGUUUAUCAGGAGGUGUCCUAUCUUGGUUUAGGUCUUUCUGGUAGGUUUCAGUUUGUCUCUAUCAGGGAGAUGAAGUCUGAUUUUAUAGAAGUUGCCUGUGGUGUUCUGCAGGACUCUAUCUUGGGUCCUUUGUUGUUUUCAUUGUAUGUGCUGCCAUUAGGUGACAUUAUCCGCAGGCAUGGAGUGAACUUCCAUUGCUAUGCAGAUGACACUCAGCUAUACUUGUCUUUGGAUCCAGGCAAUCCUUCUACUGGGGUGCUGUUAGCUGCUUGCCUUGCUGACAUCGUGUUGGGUGUCACAGAGCUUCUUCAUGUUAAAUUCUGAUGAAACAGAGUUCAUGUUGGCAGGCUCACAGCACCAACUAAAAAAUGACCAUUUAUGGAAGUUAGACCUUAGCAGUCUCUCAUCGGAAACUAAAACUGGAAAUGAGAAAUUUUGGGGUCAUUUUUUUAUCCUGAUCUAUCAUUUGAGACUUGUAUUAGGAAAAUGAUUAAAGUAUAAUGUUAUCAUUUGAGAAAUAUAGCUAAACUUACACCUAUUAUUUCUGUACCUAUGCUGAGAGGCUAAUGCAUGCCUUUGUUUCAUCAAGAAUUGACUAUUGUGAUACUCUUUUCUGUGGGAUUCAAAAACGUUUGGUAUCAUCAAAUGCCAUUGCAUGAAUACGAACUAAAAACAGAAAAAGUGAACAUAUUCCCCCUAUCUUUGCACUGGCUCCCUGUGCAGUUUAGAAUACAUUAAGACUUUGCUUUUAGCGUAUAAAGCCCUCCGUGGAUUAGCACCCAGUUAUUUCCCGUGCACUCCUGGUCGCACUCUCAGAUCCCAGGAUGCGGGCUGCUCUUUAUUCCAGGGUACGAGAGGAAGUCUCCAACACUAUGGAACUCUGCCUUAUUCUGUCAGAGAAGACUCUUACUGCCUUUAAAAGAAGACUCAAAACUUAGCCUUCUUAUCGUAGGUUUUAUUAUACAAUAUAACUGCUUUUUUGUUGUCCUUUCUAAUUUCAAAUUGUAUUAAUGUUCCUAUGCUGUUGUUUUUGUUGUUCUUUUUAUAUGAACUGGCUUUCUUUCUGUUAUCAAAUUUUGUGCUUAACUGCCUUUAUUACAGUGGAUUGAUUUCUUACUUUGUGUAAAGCGCCUUGGGGUCCAUGUGACACAAGGCGCUAUAUAAAUAUAAAUACAUAAAUAAACCCUGACAGGCUCAGA